UGGUUUCCCCGUGUUCCUGGCUCAAAAGCAGUCAUAUUUUAUUUAAAUACAGGAAGAGAACGUCAGUUAAAGCAGAGCAGCCUCAGAAAAAAAUCUAUCAAAACCUAACUGACUCACUCCAAGGGAUUGGUUUCUCCCCCUUAAGCACUGACAAAACUGGGUUUACCUAGAAAUAAAUAUUUUCUAGAAGCAAAUUGCCAUGCACGCCUGGGGCCCCAUCUGCCUUCUGCUGAUCCUACAAUUUGUCACAUCUGGCUGCCAGAAGGAAGGACAACUACCACAUAAAUGCAAAUUAUCACCAAAGAAAGGAAAAUGCAAAAAAGCAUUGGAAAGGGUUUACUAUGAUCACAAGAAAAAAAUAUGUCUGAACUUCGUUUAUGGAGGUUGUGGUGGCAAUAAAAAUAACUUUGCCACUCUACAGGAUUGUCUUUACCAGUGUAAAAAAUUUGAUCUUGAGUUACCCGCGGAAAACACAGCUGGAAAUAUUGACUGGAAGAAACUUACAUCCAGGAGAUGCAGAUUAUAUCCCAAAAAAGGAUGGUGCAAAAAACAUAGUACUCGAUAUUAUUAUGAUUUUAAACUCCAUCGGUGCAGAGCGUUUACUUACCAUGGCUGCGGAGGCAAUGAAAACAAUUUUUCAAACUAUAUUGAUUGUGUAAAGGCGUGUGAUGUGUUUGGACACUUACCAUGAUAAGAAAGAUGGAAUUCCUGAACUCUUCAAAGCACAGACUCUCCAAUCUGUUUUGUAGGAGAACUCAUAACCUUUUGAAUAAAAGCAACUUCAUUCCGUGCUA